AUUUGAAAAUAAACAUUCUCAUCAACACCGGAGUAGAAACACAUUAUUGAAGAUUGAAAUUGAAUCUUAUUUAUCAUGAUGAAUAUGAGAACGAUUUUUAUGUUUUCGAUUUGUUUAGCAUGCUUUAUGCCUUUAGUAUCGAGUACAGCAUCGAAUUCAGCAAUUCAAUCAAAAUCUUACAUCCCUAUCAAUGAUUCUUGUCAUAACGAUUUUGAUUGUCCAGGUAUGAAAGUAUGCAGAGCAAAUUUUUGUUAUGAGCCUGACUAUGAUGAUGGAGCAAUGGCAGUUUUCUUAACCACUGCAGUUGGAAUCAUAUUAAUAAUCAUCGGUAUUAUUAUAAACUGUGUUAUCUGGUGUUUUGCCUGUGUUGGUUGUUAUCAUUGCUGUUGUGAAAACCGAUCACCAGCACCGUAUGCCGGUCCAACCGUACAAAUGAUUUGAAUUUUAAAUAUUUCGACAACUAAAAAUGAAUUUAUCAUAUUAAAAAUCUCGUUGAAUUGAUUA